GGGGCAGGCGGCCGGCGGGCUGGGGCCGCGCGAUGUCGCAGGGAGCGGGGCUCGUCCGCACCACGUGCAGCAGCGGCAGCGCCCCGGGACCCGGGGCGGCCGCGAGCCCCUCGGAGAGGCUGCUGGACCCCGUGUACCCCCGCACGCACGCGGCCCUGCUGAAAGUGGCGCAGAUGGUCACUCUGCUGAUCGCCUUCAUCUGCGUGAGGAGCUCGCCGUGGACCAGCUACAGUGCCUACAGCUACUUCGAAGUGGUCACCAUUUGCAACUUGAUAAUGAUCCUCGCCUUUUACCUGGUCCACCUCUUCCGCCUCUACCGCGCACUCACCUGUAUCAGCUGGCCCCUGUCGGAACUUCUGCACUAUUUAAUCGGUACCCUGCUCCUCCUCAUCGCCUCCAUCGUGGCAGCCUCCAAGAGUUACAGCCAGAGUGGACUGGUAGCCGGAGCGGAGCAGGAGGAUGGCCUGUGUUGGAGUUCAACAAUCCGGAAUGACCCAGCUACAGAGGAGGCCGUGAGAGCACAGGGGCCCAGGAGGAGAGACGGAACCCGAGAACCUCUGCUCUCAUCCUCGUCUCCACCACGCCCAGGGACACCUUAACAUUUCAGCCUCUGAUGGCAGAGCAUUUUCUUAUAAGUUUCCUAAUGAGAAAGUAAAAUUUAGAGCCUUUAGAAAACACAAAUAAGGGCCGGCCCCGUGGCUUAGCGGUUAAGUGCGUGCGCUCCGCUGCUGGUGGCCUGGGUUCGGAUCCCGGGCGCGCACUGACGCACCGCUUCUCCGGCCAUGCUGAGGCCGCGUCCCACAUACAGCAACUAGAAGGAUGUGCAGCUAUGACAUACAACUAUCUACUGGGGCUUUGGUGGAAAAAUAAAUAAAUAAAUAAAAUUAUAGAAAACACAAAUAAGAAAAAAAAAUUUUUAAAUAAAAACCAUCUAUCAUCACACUACCCAGAAAUAGCACCUGCUGGCUGUGUAUCCUUCCAGUAUUUCCUCUCUGUGAAUAUAGAUAGAUAUAGAUAUAGAUGUGGCUUUUAUUAAAAGGAUCAGACUAUGUGAGUUAUUUUGUAACCUCUUUCUCUUCUACUUAACCACCUACCAGAUAGUUUCCCCUUGUCGUUAGGUCUUCUUCUCCAUCAUUCUUAAUGGCUUCAUGGUGUCGCACUGACUCCAUGGCACGUCUGUGCCAUAGUUUACUCGUCUCUUAUUUGGGGACAGUACAUUUUUGUUUUUAAUUCUUUGCUACUAAACAGUGCUAUAAUGAACAUCCUUAUAAAUAUAUCCCUAUACAUAUACCUAAUAUUUUUUAUCUUUAGGAUAAAUUCCUAGAAGUAGAAUUGCUGAAAGCUUGAACCAGCCGUUUUAAUUAAUCCACUUCUUUCUUUGAUCUAGCGCUUCCUUUCUUUGUUCUUUU